AUGUUAUCUGGAUCAGCCCAACCAGCACCUUCAAUAGCAAUGGCAACAUGUGCGAGAGGAAUACUAUCAUCGCGAACUCUUAUUUCUGAUCCUGUGUAACGACAUGGUGUUAAUACAGGAGGAAUUUCAUCAUAGACUGGCCCUUUCAUUUGACCAAAAUGUUUCUGAGCUAAUUCUACUAAUGCAUUGUGAUUUACACCACCUGCACCAGCUAAAAUGAAUCUGUAAAGAUAUUUUAAUAAUAUUUAGUAUAUAUAAUAAAACCAAGUUGUAAAUAGAUAUAAUUGCAUACCUAGGUGGACCAUAGUAUUGUUUAACAUAUUGAACAAGAUCAUUUCUUGUAAUUUUUUUAAUAUUAUUAGUGGGGCCAAGGAUUGUUCUUCCUAGUGGUGUACCCUGAUAUGCACUGGCAUGUAAAUGAUCAAAAACAACUUCUUGUAGAUUUGUUUCAACUUCCUGCAUUUCUCUUAAAAUAACACCACGUUCUCUUUCAAUUUCAUUCUCACCAAGCUUUGAAUUUUGAAUGAUAUCACUUAAAAUUUCAACAGCUUUUGGAACAUCUUCUGCCAGACAUUUGGCAUAAAAUACUGUUUGCUCCCUGCUUGUGUAUGCAUUUAAAUGAGCUCCCAUAUUUUCAAUUUCUAAUUCUAAGUCAGUUUGUGAACGUUUAGUAGUUCCCUAUUUAUAAUUAUAUUCUUACUUUAAAUAUUACAUUGAAUACUAUAUUGUUUCAACUAAACAUAGACUACAUUAAUUACCUUAAAAGCCAUGUGCUCCAUAAAAUGGGCAACUCCAUUGUUUUCAUCAGUUUCAAAACGACUGCCAGCAUCAAUCCAUAGUCCAACUGUGGCUGUUGGUGCUCCACUGUCUUCAGUAGCAACUCUCAUACCACAAUCUAAAGUCGUAACUUGUGUUGGUGGUUGGUUCAGCAAUAUUUCUUUUAAUGAUGCUGAUGUUUGUUGUUAGAGCUUUAAGCCUUGGUUUGAAAAUGAAUACUAUGAACAAUACUACUGAGAAUUUAGAGCGAUCUAUUCAAAUGUUUAAUCAAGAAAACGCUCAACGAAGAUCAUUUUUGAGGUUAAGUGGGAAAAAUACACCCUCCAAGAGGCUAUCAUUACAAAAUACCAAUUAUUUACGAAAAGACUUGGAUGAUUCUCACCAAUUUAAUGACGUUAAUAGUCCAAGAAUGUUGGGCAAGUCCUAUCCCCAUUUAAGAUUGAUUAAGGGUCAUGAUCUUUUGGAUAUUGAUACUUCAUUGACGCUCACUCCUCACGAAGUACGAGAUAUAAUGGCUGCUUCAGAAAAAAGUGAAUUCACUUUGAGAGAAAUGAUGGAAGACAGUACUGCCACUGGCAUGAUUUUGAAAGCGAAGGAACCUUGGAAAGACGUCAUGUCUAAACUUUUUUAUGAUUUUUUACAUACCAUGCAGGUCAACUAUUCUGAGGCACAGGUGUUUGACACUAUUGCAGACUUUAUACAAAACUGUACAGACACGUUAGAUAUAAUGAGAGGUAUGCAGUCAAAAGUAGAAACCAUCGAAAUAUCAGAUGAAGAAAUUUCUUUACAGAAUGAAAGGAACACAUGGAGGCUUGUUUAUUGCUUGUAUCAAAAUAGAAUAAAUAGUCUCAAUUUUCAAACUCCAAUGGAAGAUGAUGUAGAGAGUUCCAGAGAUGAUGCACAAGAAAGAAAUAUAUACAUAUCAGAAAAGGUUGUAGUAGAUAACAUGUUUAAAACUGAAAGCUACAUUAGAGAAUAUCAGUUAAUAAUUGACUGGAUGGAAAAGAAUGCAUUGGAUCAAGCAGAUAGAUAUCCAACCACUGAACAUUUCACAGAUAAGACACUUGCAUGGGAAAAUACUGUGAGACAAUUAUUAGUAUAUAAAGACAAAGAACAAAUCCCAUUUCAUUCAUCUAGGCCAUUGGUCUCGUCUCUAGAUCCAGAUGCCCCAAUAAGAGAAGGAAAACCUCUGCAUGAUUUAGAUAGGGAAGAUGAUGCAAGAUUGGAAAAAAGAAUGUUCAUAGAGGUUCGUUGCGGUCGUUUACAAAAAGCACAAGCAUUAGCUGAACACUGUGGGCAACCUUGGCGAGCUGCUUGUUUGUUAGGAUGGAUACCUCAUCAUGAUCCUAAUUAUUGUGAUACCGACUAUCAAAAUGAUCCUGAUUAUAAAAGAUCAUCUGAUUCCAAAUUACCUAUUGAAGGAAAUCCCAAUAGAAGCCUUUGGAAAUUAUGCGCUUGGGAACUUUCUCAGGACAAACGCGUAGGUCAAUUUUAUCGGACCAUUUAUGCUAGUCUUUGUGGAAAUCUUCAACAAAUGCUACAGGUGGCGUCAUCUUGGCAAGAUGCAUUAUGGGCUUAUAUGAAAACACUGUUAGAUAUUAAAGUAGAGAGAGAAAUAAGAAAUCUAGUGGUAAAAAGUUUUACAGAUAUGCCUGACGACUACUGGAAAAAUGAAAUCUCGUUGAAAGAUGUAUUUAAAGAACUUCACGCAUCGAAAAAUCCUGAUAUUCGAACACAAUCAAACAAACCUGAUCAUCUAAUUCAGAAAUAUUUGAUACUGGAUCAAAUACCAAAAUUGAUGGAAGAAAUAGAGGACAUGAUUAGUAUGAAGUCCUGCGAUCCUCAUUUUUUAAGGUUUUUAACGCAUCUGAUAUGUUUCUUUCGCCAAAUUGGGAAAAAUUCCAAGGAUAGAAUUGGAGAUAAAAUUAUAUUGGCAUAUGUUCAGGUUUUAAUUGAAAUGGAUGAUCCAAUUUUGAUCGCUUUUUACACAGCUAUGUUGCCCCAAGAACUUCAAGUAACAAAUUAUGCCAGUUAUUUGGAAACUAUAAAAGAUUAUGAACAGCGAAAAAAAUGCUUAGCCGCGGCAGAAGACGCUAAUCUAAAUGUAGAGGCAAUUACAAAACUAGUAGUAGAAAGUAUACGCUCCAAAAACAUUGAUGUAGAUCCCACUGAUUUGAAAGGUAAUUUGACUGACGCGGACAUGGACAAGAUUAAUGCAUUGGAUUGGUUAAUAUUUUAUCAAAGUCAACGAGAAGAAGCGUUGUGGCAAACUAAUGCUCUUAUAAGAUAUUUUCUAACAAAUGAAAAAAUUGACGCUGCCAGAAAAGCUUUCAACAAGAUUCCAAUAGAUUCAAUUGAAGCUAUAGUGACUGAAUAUCCAACGGUAGAAGGUACUCUAACAAAUCUCACAAUGACAGAUAGUUUAUCGAAAAAAGCGGCUUCCACGAUUCGGGAAUAUCUUUGUUAUAAGACCUACCUUGAUGCUCAAGAAGGCUUUUCUGAAUGGUUUUCUCAUUAUCAUCAUGGAAAACCUACACCAUUAGAAGAAUUACCUAUGUAUGCUACAUUCACCGAAAAGGUUGCAUAUGAACAUAAAAAAUCACAAUAUAACGUAGAAAUGGAAAGAUGGAAAUCUACAAUGCAACAUCAUACGAAAGCAGUUAAACAAUUAUUGUUUAAUGUAUUGCUAUUUCCGGAUGGCGGUUGGUUGGUCGAUUCAAAUAAUAAUAACGAUGAACCAUCUACAUCGGAAGAAAUGUCCCGCGAGCAUCAAAUGGAAAAGUUACGGGAACUUUGUAUUCCAAAAAUUACGCUUCUUUUGCAUUCUGUGAUGUCUGAAAUGAACGAACACGCCGAAUGCAUUCAAUUGGCAGAUAUUCUUGCUUCUGAACAGUAUCAACUUUAUAAGGUAUUCCAAAAAGGAAGAUUACGUGAUGUCUUUAAAAAAAUCUGCGAGUCUUCCCUUAUUUUAAUGGAUCAAAAGAAAGAUCCUUGGGGGUAUCCAAAAUGAAUUUAGCGAAAUUAAACAGACAGCUGAAGAAUAUAUUUAAUUGUACAUGUAAUACAUGUUGGAAUUUGAAAUAUCGGAAAAACGUAUAGAAAGUUUCUUUACCUUUUUUAUAAAACCAGUUUAUUGUCAACCACAAGAAGUGAAUAUAAAAUUUGAUACAAUGUUCAAUAAUUCAUAAUCAUAAUAUAUUAUAUACCUCAUGAUUACUUAGAUGCUCCUUUUACCCAAUCAUUAAUAAAUGUAGCGCUGUCAAAGCUGUAGAUUUAACGCGUGAAAUAUUGCGGAGAAACUCAGGGACAAUGAAGGACAUACAUUAUCCUGAGAUAUUUUUCAUUCGAAUAAUAAUCAUCAUAAUUCCACGAUUUUUUUUUUUUU